CGGGAAGAGAGGAUUUGACGAUUUCCACAUUCAGAUCUAUGAAGCUACCCAAUCUCUCACGAGUCCUUUCGUAAUUUUUAAUUAUAAAAAGCAUUACAUAUAUCCUGGAUCAUUUCUAAACCGCAAAACAAUCGAAAACGAUUUUCAUUGUUUCCAAACUCAAACUCAAACUCACUGAAUCUCCAUUAUGGCUGGGGAAAUUAGCAGGGAACACGCUUCCUCUUCUUCUCGACUUGACGGCCGGGUAGCAAUCGUAACCGGUGCCUCACGUGGCAUUGGCCGUGCCAUCGCCAUCCACCUCCACUCUCUUGGUGCAAGGGUUGUGCUCAAUUAUGCUUCAAGCUCAACAAAAGCAGAUCUUCUGGCGUCUGAGCUCAACGCCUCGGCUACCGUUUCUCAGACUCAAGCAAUCGCAGUUCGAGCAGAUGUUUCAGACCCAGAUCAGGUGAAGCUGCUCUUCGAUAGUGCUGAACAAGAAUUUGGCUCAAUCCAUAUCCUUGUAAACUGUGCUGGGGUGCUUGAUCCAAAGUACCCAACUUUGGCCAAUACGACAGUGGAGGAUUGGGAUAUGAUAUUUAAUAUCAACACCAAAGGUGGAUUCUUCUGCUGUAAAGAGGCUGCUAAUCGGUUGAAACGUGGAGGCAGUGGAAGAAUCAUCAUGAUAUCGACCUCGGUUGUUGGAUCACUUCUACCAGGGUACGCAGCUUAUGCAGCCUCCAAGGCAGCCGUGGAGACAAUGACAAAGAUAGUGGCUAAGGAGCUCAAGGGUACGGGAGUAACUGCCAACGCUGUUGCACCAGGGCCUGUGGCAACUGACAUGUUCUUCGAGGGUAAAUCUGAGGAAACGAUCAAGAGGAUUGUGGAUGCCUGUCCUCUAGGCCGACUUGGGGAGCCCAAGGAUGUAACUCACCUCGUGGGAUUUUUAGCUAGUGAUGCUGGGGAGUGGAUUAAUGGGCAGGUCAUUAGGGUGAAUGGUGGAUUUGUUGUUUGAACAUCUCUCUCCACUCUCACUUCUACGCCUUCUAGUCUUGCUCUGUAUUUCUUUCUUUUUUUCUCCUUUCAUUUCAUUUCACUUGUUCUUUGUGUGGGUGGGUGGGAGUUUUAGGGAAAAUCUUGACUUUAGACAAUCUACGGAAGAGGAAUGUAAUUGUGAUGGAUUGAUGCGGUAUUUAUAAGAAAAGUAGACAAUUUAUUGAUCACCUCUUUCUAAAUUGUGAAAUUGCAAGAGAUUUAUGGAGUUCACUUUUUCAGUUGUUUGAUGUUGGUGGGUUAUGCCUCAUAGAGUUAGACAAUUAUUGGUGAGUUGGAGACGACAGAAGGUUUGAAAAUGUGGAGGUCGGCCUCUUUGUCUUUAAUAUGGUGUAUUUGGAGAAAAGAGAUGCCAGGAGUUUUGAAAAUAGACUAAAUAGUGAGACUGCAAUGCUAGAGUUGGAAAAGAUGCUCCAAUCCCCUUUACACAUGGAUAGGAUCAUAGGAGCCUGCAAUAGUUUGCCCAUUUUUAAUUUCUUUGAGUUCUUAGAGUUUUGUUCUUUUUUUAUACGUUAGAGAUUUUCUUGUAUACUUUUUUAUGUAAUAGGGUUUGCGCUCCUGUACACUUUUAAUAAAUUUGAACCACUUGGGAAAAUAAAAAAAUCAUCUUCUCGUAUCUGCUCA